GAGUCGGUCUCGUCGUCCCGGGGCUCAAGACAUUCGUCCUCAUCGCUCACCACUGGUAUUAUCCGCACUCAGACCGCGUGGUUCCAGAAGAAAGUCCACUUACGGCCGGUGCUCAGGGGCUGUCAUCUCGUCACCGACGAGCUCACCAAACAGAUCCCGGAGCUCAGCGAAUUCCAGUGUGGCAUCUGUCACAUCCAUAUAAUGCACACAUCGGCGAGUUUGGCCAUUAAUGAGAAUUGGGAUCCAGACGUUCGCGAAGAUAUGGAAAUGUUUCUCUCGAGACUUAUUCCU